UGAACACUAUCCUUUUCACUUUUCUCUCUCUCCUCAUCUCCUACGGCCUACCCCGAAUCUCCCGCUACUUCCUUCCAUGGCGACCUUACUCAGAAUCCAGCUACAGCGCCCUCCCGAUACGCCGCGCAUAUCGCCAACACUACUUUCCCCCCAACACUUCCCAAACCCUACCCUCCUCCGCUCUCUCUCCCUCCCCUCCUCUACCACUCCUUCCCCCAUCCUCAAGAUAGCAUUCGUGAGGCGAAGAUCGAGCCGCGCCGUUGCCGCCACCGUGGCGGCGAGUUCCGACGCCGUGAUGAAUGCGAAGCCCAUGCAGGGCGAGAGGAUGCUGGUUAUGGUUCCGCCGCAUCCGUUGAUCAAGCAUUGGAUCUCUGUUCUCAGGAACGAGCAAACCCCCAGUGCGAUUUUUAAGAGCGCCAUGGCAGAGCUUGGGAGACUACUCAUCUAUGAAGCUUCGAGGGACUGGCUGCCAACAAUCAGUGGAGAGAUUCAGUCGCCAAUGGGUGUUGCUAGUGUUGAAUUUAUUGAUCCAAGGGACCCCGUGACAAUUAUACCUAUAUUGAGAGCUGGUCUUGCUCUAGCUGAGCAUGCUGCAUCAAUUUUGCCUGCAACACGAACUUACCACUUGGGCAUGCGUAGGGAUGAGGAAACACUACAGCCAUCUGUAUAUCUGAAUAACUUACCUGAGAAGUUUCCAGAGGGAUCUCGUGUAUUAGUUGUUGAUCCUAUGCUAGCAACUGGUGGCACGAUUGUUGCAGCUGUUGACUUGCUGAAGGACCGCGGAGUUGGUAGCAAGCAAAUAAAAGUUAUAUCUGCUGUCGCUGCUCCUCCAGCUCUUCAGAAGCUCGGUGAGAAAUUUCCAGGGCUGCAUGUCUAUACUGGGAUGAUAGAUCCAGUUGUGAAUGAUAAAGGGUUCAUAGUGCCAGGAAUGGGAGAUGCAGGCGACCGCAGCUUCGGAACCUGAUAGUAACGCUCUUUUGUUACUUCUUUCUUACGCCAGCGGUAAGAUUCCACCACUUUUACUGCAAACCGAUCGCCAUUGCAUAGUGAGAUUAUUCAGUUUUGUAUAUAGCCAGUUAGCUUUAAAAAAUUUGUCGAUUACAUUUUUGUACUCGAGAAAGGGUAACGCUACCCACAAAAAAAAGAAAAAGAAAAAGAAAACGAAACCAUACAUUUUGUGAAGGGAUGUUUCAUAUUCGGGUGUGAUCUACAACGGACCUUUUCAUUACGGGCUUUUA